AUCAUCGAGAAUUACAUUCAACGCGUUUGAACGUUUUAGGCUUCCCUGUAACCAUUUCUACUGAGCAGACUCUGUUCCCAGUUAGAAGUGAGACCAGGUAGGAAACGGAAUGAAGCGAGCAAUUUCGCGUAAGUUGUAAUGUGUCACCAAAGUCUGGACGGAACUGGUGCGAAAAUCUUAAAGCAGUUCGUUUUGAGAGUUUACUGAAGGUGGUCGGUGAUCGGGAUUCUCGCGCAAACAGAAAGUAUCUUUUAGGAACUUAGUGAUUAUAAUGUUCUUCCACUUCAGUGGGUUGUUUCGAGAACGGAAAAUAUAUUGGACUCCGCGGCUUUUGAUUCCUCAUAUGGAGUGCUUUUGAAUCUUAAGAUACAGCUAAGCCUAAAUCUGGUGUCUAAGCUGUUGACGAUUGGCAAACUAGUAUCUGAAUCAACCUCGUUUUCUAUAGCGCCAGCCUACGUGCCACUAUCGGUUCGAUAUAAUAACUCCUCUGCGCUGAACAUAGUCUUUGGCGUGUGACUGAACAUUCGGCGUGCUAAUGGAGUAGGCUGACUGCCGCGGAAAGUAACGGACGCUACCAAACUUUGCUUCAACAAGAAUGGCGCCAAGUCGUUAAGAAGCAUCUUAUGGUUCACUACUAACGUUCGUCUUGUGAAAUGUUCUACAUAUCCCCGGGUGGAAUUUAAUAAGGACGUGAAGUUCCAAACUUGUGCAUUUCUCGAAUUUUUUUCUGGAAUUUAAAAAAGAAUUUAAUAAUACAAAUCGCUAUCAUACCGGUUGGUGUGGGCAAUCUUUUGUGGAAUUUCACCUUCUAAAGUUACUAAAGUGCGUGUGCGGGCGCUUGAAGACGCGAGCGAUUUAUUGGAGCAAUUUUUACAUGAAAUCUUAAAAUUUGGAAAAGUUUUGUAAGUGUCAGAUAUAAAGGUGAUUUGUUGAUAAAAAUCGUAAUAAAUCCGAAGAAAAGUGGAUGAGGUAAACGACUCCGAAAUAAAUCAAAGUUGAGAAAUUUUGUAUUGUGGAUAAAUUCUGUGGAGAGUCGUUAAGUGUUCCAUUCAUCAUUUAUGAAAGCAAUAUCUGCAGCAAUAUCCAAUCUAUUGAUAUUGAUCCAGUCGUCGUAGGCCAGAUAUCCGCACUAAAUACUUUGCGGCCCACAUGUUUUUAAUAGACCUGGACCGGCUUUGAUUCCGGCAACUAGCUUCGGCCGCAACGUUCCGCGCGACGUAAUGUCUUGGAAAAUUUAAUUGCUUAUAUCCCCAUUGACUCUUUGGAAGGUUCGUGCCUAAAAGGCUCCAAUUGCUAUCAGUCGCUUGAAAUCUUGUGCCAACAAAUCCAUCCAAAAGACUCAUUUUGUGGACACACGCUAGCCCAGUGUCUAUAUAUGGUUCAUUCAAUUCAUGGUAUUUGUCCAGCUGUAAGAGCUAAGGCUUCCCAUGUUUGUCGCCGUGAAGUGCGACUAGACGGAACUCGAACCAAAAGUGAAAAUAAAGGACACGGAACAAAGGAAGUCCUGCGAGUGUUGGUCGCGUGAACGGCCCACAUCACACAACGCCCAAGCAAUAAGUAACUGAAAAAACAGCCAAUAUGGCCAUGGAGUGGAUAACAGCUAUCGAUAAGAGACCGUGCGAUAGGAAUCUACGAGAUGCCGAGCUCAUAUCCUGCCGUCUCCGAAGAGUGGAGCCACUUUGUCGUUUACCGGGAUCUGCCUUACAGCAGUUGGCUAUGUGCGGUUUCUAUGAAGACUUGGAGAAAGGUGUAACAUUGUUUCGAGCCGGAGAGCAAGGUCGUUUCUGGUAUGCCGUCCUGGGUGGCUCGUUGGAAGUACGUUAUCAUGCACCUGACACCGAGAGCAAGACUCCGGUUACGCUAUGCAACCUAGGAGUGGGUGCAACGUUUGGAGAAUCCAUUCUUCAUGACUUGCCGCGAGACAGUACGGUCGUAACAAAAACAACGUGCGAGUUACUACGUGUUGAACAGCAGGACUUUCGUUUAAUCUGGGAGAAAAACAAGGAGUUAAUGAACGACAUCAUCACAAACAAUAGCAAGUUAAAGAAUGGUUUCGGUCAGGGCGUAAGUCCUGCAGCGCCCCCAUCACCCACGAAACGGCCACUGAGUCCAGAUCACCCCAAUCCGGCGUUCCCAAUAACUGAGUCACCGAGUCCUGCUAUGUCCCGGAUGGGAUGGGCGCUCAGAACUCUUCUCGUUGCUGAUAGUGGUAGCUGUCUUCGUGAUAGAAAGGUGUCUGGAAAAUUAAUUAGAAAGUGUGCCCCAGGAACGGAGUUGGUUGACUGGCUCCAGAAUUUAUCGCCCAUAGUUCACACCAGAGCCCAGGCAGCGGGGAUGUGGCAGGCCCUCCUAGAGGAAGGAGUCUUGGCACAUGUUAAUAAGGAACAACCAUUUAAGGAUAAGUGCUUUUUGUAUCGGUUUCGUGUUGAUGAGGAGGGAACGGGCGGCGGUCCUCCACAAAGUGAUGAUAUAAACGCCGCCAAUGAGCACGUUCGAGAAGCUUUAAGUAACCUCUUACAUCGAGGACCAGAUGCUACGCUACGAAUGAUUUUGAGAAAACCGUCACACGAAAGGACACAGGAGGAAUUAGAAUUAGUCUUCGAGGAACUUUUGCAUAUAGCAGCGCUGAGUCAUUUAUCAACUAGUAUUAAACGUGAACUAGCGUCGAUAAUUGUUUUUGAAGCACAUGCGCAGGCGGGAACAAUACUCUUUAAUCAAGGUGACGAAGGUCGCUCGUGGUACAUUCUCCUGAAGGGAUCCGUUGACGUUGUAAUUCACGGUAAAGGAACAGUAGCUACCCUCAAGGAAGGUGACGACUUCGGAAAAUUGGCGUUAAUAAAUGAUGCGCCACGAGCUGCUACCAUUGUACUAAAAGAAAACAAUUGCCAUUUAUUACGGGUGGAUAAGGAGUACUUUAAUCGUAUUUUACGUGACGUCGAAGCGAACACGUUACGACUUCAAGAACAUGGAAAGGAUGUUCUGGUAUUGGAAAGGGUAGCUAAGCAGCGAGGACAUUCUGCUUUUAAAUACACCGUCAUGUCCGGAACACCGUCAAAAAUGCUAGAGCAUUUGCUUGAAACACGAUUAGGAGGACAAGUGGGACCAAAUGAUCCAUUUUUGGAUGACUUUUUAUUAACACACAUAGUAUUUAUGCCAGUACCGCAACUAGUCGAUGAUUUAGCGAAUUAUUUUCAUAGCGAAGGUGAAGGUUCGCAGAGUCCCGAGGAUCGGGAGUAUAUGAUAACGUUCCGUAAACGUGUCGUUCAAUUUGUACAAAAAUGGGUUAUUGCAGUGCGACAUGCUGUAUUCGAUGACCCGAUUGUCUGUGAUUUUAUUGAGGAUUUGGCCAGCGAGGUUGAGGUUGAUCCGGAGCUGAGUGAAGAAGCCGGAAUAAUUCAUCAUGUCCUCACACAAUUAUCUCGAUAUCAAGAAGAUAGGAAUAUGCACGCUGGCCAGAAAUGGAAACUUCCACCAAAUGGUCAGCCAAUUUGUCUGUUCAGUGGAAACCCCACAUCUUCAAGGACAGUUAUCCGACCGGAUGAUGAUAUUAUUUUCCGUGUUUACUGUGCCGACCACACUUACUGUACCCUGCGCUUCCCCCUCCACACUACCGCUGAGAUAAUAAAAGCAUGUGCGGCCGACAAACUCCAGCUAAAUCGAGGUCCAGAUGAUUUGCAACUGGUUGAGGUUAAAUCUAAUGGCGAACGGUCAAUAUUCAAGGACACAGAUGUUAGCGUUCCAACCGGGCUGAGCCUUAAUGGACGGAUUUUCGUAUCGACCAAGGACCAUCUCGAUGCUCUGACACCUUUACCCGAACAAGAGGGCCCGACGGAAGGACUAGACAUCGACAUUGAAGUGCUGAGUACGAAGGAGCUGGCAUACCAUAUAACCCUUUUUGACUGGGAUCUGUUUUGGGCCGUUCAUGAAUAUGAAUUACUCUAUCACACUUUCGGACGUCAUCACUUUGGAAAGAUAACAGCGAAUCUCGACGUUUUUAUUCGGCGUUUCAAUGAAAUUCAAUAUUGGGUUGUUACAGAAAUCGUUUCAACAGCGAGUAUGGGGAAGCGAGUUGCUUUGUUACGAAAGUUCAUUAAACUGGCGGCUUACUGCAAGGAAUACCAAAAUUUAAAUGCAUUCUUUGCGGUUGUUAUGGGACUGUCGAAUAUGGCGAUAUCGAGACUGCAACAAAGCUGGGAUAAAUUACCGUCAAAGUUUAGAAAGUUGUAUCAAGAAUUUGAGGCAUUAAUUGAUCCUAGCCGAAAUCAUCGAGCCUACAGAGUCUUCGUUGGAAAGCUGCAACCACCAGUAAUACCCUUCAUGCCGCUGCUAUUAAAGGAUAUGACGUUUGCACAUGAAGGUAACAAAACGAGCCUGGAUGGCCUAGUAAACUUCGAGAAAAUGCACAUGAUGGCGCAAACAAUGCGAACGAUUAGAUUUUGCAGAUCUCGACAUUUAGUAUUGGAUCCACCAUCACCGAAAAGUGAAGGGGAAGUUCGUUCGUAUAUAAGCUGCUUGCGAGCCAUUGAUAAUCAGCGUGUCCUGAUGGCCAUGUCACAGAAGAUUGAACCCAACCGCAAAGUAUAAGAUUUUUAGUAGACAUAAAAGUUAUCUUAACUUAUGGAUAUAAUAUCUGCUUGUGGGGUCAUACCCUAGGCACAUGUAUAUUUUUUUAUGGUACAAAUUAUGCUUUUUAUUUAUAUCGCACUGUUUUGUAGUUUUUUAUUUUAUUUUUUUGUUACUUUAAGUUAAUUUAUUUUUAAAAAUGCUUGCGAAUUUCGUAAUUUGUAUUCUGUAUUUUUAUAUUGUAUAAAUUGUUUUGUACUAUUUGUGAUAAUCUAAUAUAGUUUUAAUAAACCAAAAUCGCAUAGUUAUAUUAAAUCUAUCGUAAAUAUUGAAUAUCAUUUAUCACUAUUAAAUAUUGUUUUGGAUUCGCUAGUAUUGUCUUCGAUAGAAGUAGGAUUGGAGGAAAAUUUGGUAUUUAUAUACAAAAAUUAUAAAACGAAGUCUUAUGAAUAUUCAUUGGAGAAUAACAGCUAAAAUAUUUUAUGGUAGAAUCAUACAAAUAUGCGCAGGACGACAGUCAGCAUAAACUUUAGAAGAGUUUAAAAAUUGGUGGCAAGAAUUAACGUAUUUCGAAAUUGACUCUAAUCUUAAUAACGAUUGGUAACUGUCAUAACACUGAUAUACGUUGAACACAAAUCCAAGGCGAAUAAAUUUGUUAAUGUUAGAAAUAUUUACAAAAAAAAAGUAUAUAUUUAGAUCUGUGAUUGGCAAAUUAAAUUUAAACAAAAAUAUUUUAGAGAGAAGGAAAUAUAUGUCAGAAAAGUUUUAAACGGAAGUAUAAGAUGAAUUCAAAAGUUGUAACAAUAGCGAUAAGUUUGGGAAAAAUGAAUUUUGUAACACGCAGUCGUCGAUUUGAUAAUAAAUAUUGUUAGUUCUUCAAAUGAAUGUUUUAAUACUAUUACAAACUUGAACUUGUAAACGCAGGUUGUCGAGUAAACCACUCCUACGCUAAGUCUACUCUUUCGAGAAUUUCCCAUAAUAUUUUAUUAGUUUUAUUUUUUUUUUUACCCAGGUUUUUUUUAUUGUUUUUUUCUGUAUCUACUAACGUUUUUGUUGAAACUCUGAUCUGUGAGAUAAAAUCAUCGGCAACCUGUGAGAUUACAACACUCUACAGGCUACUUAUGUUAAAAGUAAGAAGACAUAGUUGAACAAUUUUAAUAAGAGCGAAACCAAAAGUUUGUUUAAUAUAAUUUUCAGACUAGACAAACUCGAAAACAAAAUAAAUUGGAAGCAAAGAAAACUGGAUAAGGGACCCCAAUAAAUUAAUGUUAAUUAUAGAAAUAAACAAGAGAAAAGUAAAUCUUGGCUCUAUGUGAAAAUAAAAUGAUUGUAAGACUCAAUUCUUUAUUGAUUCAAUGUGAAUUAUGGUUUUGUUAAAUGAAGUUUACCAUCUAAAUUACCUUCAACCGAAUUUCUCAGCCUUUCAUUGGAUGUAAAGCUUUUUUACAGUCAUGUCUUUGUAUUUCCUUUUCAUUAUAAAAACGAAAUAUGAAAGCAAUAAACAAGACUUAAAUCUAGGGAAUUUCUUCAGUAGUUUAAAAUUGUACAAGGAAAUUAUAUGAAACUAGUAGAAUGUCUCUCAAUAUUAACAAUUCAUCACUAACUAGAGGAAUUGGUUGCCAGGCAGGGUUCAUAUUGGUUUUGAAACAAAAACAAAAUUGAAAAUCAGUGGUCAUUGUAGCUAAGCAAUCAAUACCUUUUUUCCUUAGCACAUCUACGUAACGUUGUUAAAUAUUUCCAUAAUCAGAUAUACAAGCAUAUGUAAUAUGUAUUGAGAUGUUCAUCUUCCUCUCUAAGUUCUGUUUUCAAAGAAUGUCCUUUUGAAAUUGAUUCCAAACAAAUAUGUAACAUAAUUUUCUAAAUUCUCAGUAACAAAAGUGAAAAAAAUAACCUAAACCGGUAAUGUAUGAACUUACCUUUAAUGUUACGAGUACAGAUUGGCUGAAUGUGAUUAGAAUUGACAAUCCAAAUCAAAAUCUUAAUCGGAUAUUACUAUAAAAAUAACAUUAGAUCUAACUUUCAAAGAUAAAUGAAAACGGAGGGUGAAAACUUUAAUUUUGUAAACAAGGAUGAAUGUUUUUCUAAAAAUACUAAUUUUGUCAAAUCCGGUUUCCCGUCAAACUCAGAUACAAUUUAACAUCAAAAUAGAUAAAAAUAGAAAAUUUUACGUAUCUUUCUUACAUUUUCUCACUACAUUUUUUCGAACUUUGAUACUCCAAUAAUAACAGUUUUUUGAAAAUUAAUAAUAUCAACUAAAAAUUUACUCACUGUAAGAUAAAGAAAAACUCCAAGAUAAGAUUACGUUGAAGUCGAUUUUUCUUGAAAUUUCCUGAUUUUGAGACAAAUUUUCCACAUAGAAUUUGAUCAUUUAAUUGAUAGUUUUGGAAAAUAUAAGAAUAAUUUCGAGCUCUUCCUAUAUGAAUAAUUAUUCAAUUCAAACUUAUGAUAUUAAUAAAAAACACAAUACCCCACUGUUAACAUUUACAAAACACCAAAAAAUAUAUUUCUAUUGUUAGGAUUUUUUAUUUCUGAAAUACUUUGAAAGCUUUGUUAAUUUGCGUCCAUGCUUUGCAACUGUAUACAAGACACUUCGAAAAUUACCAUUCUAUUUUUUCUAAAUCUAAUAUGAGUAGUUUUUAGUGGAGGCAUGAUAUACAUACUGAAAAUAAAACUUUGUAUUGAAUCUUUCUCAUAAUGUCCAAAAUUUAAGAUUGAAAAUCGAAUAAAGAGAAAAAAAUAUUCAA